AUGGAGACGACGAUGCGGGACGGUGACACGCUCGAGGAGGGCGUCGACGUCCGUCGAGGCGAGCGGACCUCGGACGAGGACACGAGAGAGCUCUCGACGUACGGGACGCCGCUCGGACGACUGGGACGGGUGGACGGCUUGGAGAGAUUCAUAAAUCUGAGAUCGUUGAGGGCGCACGCGUGCGAGUUGACGACGAUGGAGUGCGAGGCGUUUAAUUCAUUAAAGUUGCUGGAGGAAUUGGAUCUGUCGUCGAACGCGAUCUCGAGCGUGCGCGGAUUGGUCUCGCUCCCUCGGCUGCGGCUGUUAAACUUGGCGAGCAACGAGUUGGAGUCCUUGGAGGGGCUUGCGGAGGCGUCGACGACGCUGGAGAAAGUGAACGUGUCGAACAAUCAGCUUAAAUCACUGAGCGGACUGGCGAGAAGCGAUGGGAGGGAGUGGGGGAUUCGAAUGUUUGACGCCAGAGGGAACGCUUUGCGGAGCUUCCAAGCGGUGCGAACGCUGAGCGAACUGACAAAACUAGAGUCGCUGCGCCUUAAAACGGAGCGACACGGUUUGCUCGGACCGGAGACGAAUGAUAUUUGUGAGGUUCCGGCCUAUCGUCUAACGAUGGCGUCCCUAAUUCCUUGGCUCAGUCACCUCGACGACGUGGUCGUCAGCGUCGACACGGCGACAAAGGCGAUGUCAAAGACUCUUGAAUCAAACGGUGGAACACCGGUAAACGGUUCACGUGGGAGCAUGACGCCUCCGCCCGCCGAGCAAUUCGUGAAGACACCUCGGCGAGAUGAUCCCAGGAGAGAAGGGUCAGCCUUGAAAACGCGUGGAAUCCAGGUCAACUUAGCGAGUGCCAGGAGAAGCAUCGAUUUCACCGACAAAGUCAAACGGGUGCGCAACGAGGGUCAACAGACAGACAAACCGUCGACAAAGGAUGCGCAGACGCAGAAAACUUCGAAUGAAGUGGUGGAGAACGAACAGCAGCGCGAAGAGAGCGUGAUACUUCGAGAGGAACUGACGCAAACGAAGGAAAUGCUUGAGAGCCUCACGACCCGCGAAGCCGAGGCGCGGGAGCAAGUUGACUACUUGGAAUCAACGCUUCGAGCCGUGCGAUUGGAAUCGGCGGAAAAUCUCGCAAAUUUGAAGGCGAUGUAUGUUGACGAACAGAAUGCGAUGCUCAACGAGUGCGUAGACCAAGCUCGAAAGGAAUCUGCUGCUUGCGUCGAGGUGAGCGAGGAGAACGCUCGUUUGAAGGAGCGAGCGGGGGCUUUGGAAAAUGAAAUACGGGCACUCACCGAGGCUGCCAAGGCUGAUCAAGCAAAAAUCAAAAGUACAGAAGACACCUUGCAGCAGACACGUGAAGCUUUACGGGGCGCACAGGACGAGCGAUUAGAGUUAGAGGCCUUGAACGAAGAGUUGGCCGUGGUAGUGGAGAGUCAACGCGAUGAGAUCGCUGGUUACGCCGGAACCACGGAAGUCGUCAGAUUACUGGAAACUGAGCUCGAGCGAGCGCGUUCGGCGAACCAACAGCGAGAAACCGCCCAUAAGACGAUCAAUAACGCAAGGAAUGCGGCCUUGAAAGCCGAAAAGGCAGCCAUCGCCAGAGAAGAGAGAGCUCGAGACAGAGAGCAGUUGGCGGAUCGACUCAUUCAGGACGUGGAGGCGCUUCAAUCGAAGCUCGAAGCGGCUGAUGAGGGUAUGCGGAUAAAAAGUGAUAUGCUCCAGCAUCAAAAUGAGCUCAUCAAGUCUCUCAAGGCUGAGGUGGUUCGGAUGCGUCAGCAGAACGCCGAAGAAGAUCAGACUCACAAAGCGAGGAUAACAGAAUCUGAGACGGUCCUGAGGGCUACGACAGAGGAAUGUCGAGCUUUAGCGAGCCAAGUGGAGUCACUAGAGCUCGAAAUGACUGAACUCGAGACUGCUUUAGCCGAGUCCGACGUCGAUCAUGCUUCGUACGAGCACGCGAUCAAAAAUGCGAGGGUUGCUGUGGCGGAGCGCGAUGAGAUCAUUGCUCAAAUGACGUCCCAACUCGCUCAGGUGUCAAAAACACUUGAGAAUCGUGAUUCCAUCGACAAGGCUCGAAAUACAGAGUUAGAGAUGCAAGUGAUCGAGCUCAGGGAACAACUCGCGAUCGCUCGGCAGAAGGCCAAGUUCAGCGAAGAUAGGUUGAUUGCCUUUCAGGAGGAGAGCGAUAUUAUGGUGCGAGAGGCAUACAAACGAGUUGAGGAGGUGGAGGGUGAGAUGCGAGCUCUACUUUGCGAUAUGGCUUCAGAGAAGAGAGCGAAUAGAGAGAGGAUGGAACAGAUUGGUAGACUACUGAAUGCCGAUGUUCCCUUAGAGCUGGAUUAA